GAAUUAACGUCAACUAUUUGUAUUGUUGUACGGGCUGUUGUUUGCCCUGGUGCAUGUUAAAGCUAUGGCUGGGGUUUGCUAUAUUCAGUUAAAAUUCAAUACAAACUUUAUUUCAGACUCACAAGAUGGUCCAUAGCAAAGUUAGCCUAUGUUUGAAUGUAUUCUUUUUAUGUUAAUAAUAUAGAGCUAUAAUUUGUUGCGUUAGACCAACAGUAAUUACAGAGGAAAGAAAGCUUGAGAAAGCCGCGUCCAGACAUCUUCAUGGGUUGAGCAAUGUAGUGCGGCUGAGUUUGCACUGCCUGCCUGCGAGAAUCCAUCACAGAAACAAACCGCCCCCUCCCACUUCUCGUGCCCCCGCUUCAGAUGCAACUCAAAAUACAUAAAGCCUCCAUGUUGCACAGGGAAUGUAGGGCCAGUAGAUAUGAACGUUUCGCCUAAAUGUGUUAGCUAACUUUAACGUUGAGCAACUUGCGUUUGAUACAUGUUUUUGGACAAGAACAAUCAUCCGACGGGCUUCCUCGUGUUUUUAACGUUGUUCCAGACUCGGCCUCACAUUUUGGAUGAUCGGAGCUUCACAGCUAACUCGCUAAUCCAAGCUACUUGCUAACUUCAGCUAGUUAGCAAUUCAACGUCGCUUGUUGUUGUUUUUUUAGACACACACGCUGUCGGUGUUGCCCACAAAAAUACUUGUUUGCAGCAAUGAUAUUUUGCGGAGAGCCAUAAAUGACAGCCAUUCACUGGCUUCCAUUCACCACCGUGCUAGCUGGCUGGCUACCACCACUGUCACAACACUUCGCCUCGUACGGUUGCCUGGCUUUGUGGGCUGGCUGGUCAUCCUCAUCUUAAACAGCAAGCUAACAGUAGCUAGCAAACGAAGCAAGCGCGCUAGUACGAAUAACAUUGUGGGAAACAAAACAGGAAUAUCCACCCGUCUAAAUGGACCACAUGUCCAUAAUAACCCAAGUUUCCAACCCGAAGGAGGAGGAAAUCAUAUCCUUUAACCAGGAGAAAGUGUCCCAGUCGAACAGCAGCCUAAAGAAGCAGAGGAGCCGGAGCAUCUUCAGCACAUUCUUCUGCUGCUUCCGCAACUACAAUGUGGAGCCGCCAGCCACCAACUCCAACACCAGCUCCCUGCCUCCACCUGUUGAGGAGAAUGGAUCGCCUCCCAAGUGUGACCAGGUCGAGGUCAUCCCUGUCCCUAGUCCACCAGCCAAAUACCUCCUACCAGAGAUGACAAUAUCUGACUAUGGCAAAAAGUGUGUGGUAAUUGACUUGGAUGAAACGCUUGUCCACAGCUCAUUCAAGCCCAUCAGCAAUGCUGAUUUUAUUGUUCCAGUGGAGAUCGAUGGUACCGUUCAUCAGGUGUAUGUGCUGAAACGACCCCAUGUGGAUGAGUUUCUUCAAAAGAUGGGAGAGCUAUUUGAAUGUGUGCUCUUUACAGCCAGUCUUGCCAAGUAUGCAGACCCUGUGGCAGACCUGCUGGACCCGUGGGGCGUGUUUCGAGCGCGACUCUUUAGAGAAUCCUGCGUUUUUCACAGAGGGAACUAUGUCAAAGACCUCAGCCGGCUAGGACGAGAGCUCAGCAACGUCAUCAUUGUUGACAAUUCACCCGCCUCUUACAUUUUCCACCCAGAAAAUGCUGUCCCAGUCCAAUCCUGGUUUGACGAUAUGAAUGACACAGAGCUCCUGGACCUGCUGCCUUUCUUUGAGGGACUCAGCAAAGAAGAAGAGGUUUACGGAGUCCUGCAGAAUCUGAGAGGCAGGUAGCAGGACACACCACAGCGCCGCCUGUGCUCUCCAUCCUCCUCUGUCGAUCUCUGCCCCUUUGUACAACCACAUCUCUCAGACUCAGGCAGAUCCUCCCACACGCGCCCCUCUUGUCUCUGCCCCAAGGGGACGCCUUGGAGUCUCACUGUGGAAAGCUUCAUGUAACCCGUCUCUGCUCUCAUCUCCUGGCGACUGGCUGCCUUCUGAGUGCCAUCAGAAAACAAAACAGAACACUAAAUAUCCCAGGAGCACUGUGUUUCACAAAAAUCACACCAGAAAGUGUACAGAGCGUCCUAAGUUGAUACUAUUGGGGACAAAAUGCUAAGAGGAAUGAACUCUGGUCUUUAUUUUCAAACCAACAAAGAUUUACUAUUCAGUGAAGUGCUUGUUUUAAAACCAAAAAAAAAAAAAACAACAACUUUUUUUCUGAAACUUCUUUUGUGGUACCACACAAAAGUCUGAAAAGAUUUUGUCCUCGUAUUGUUGCUAUGCAGGCAGUUUCUGGUAGUAGAAAGGACUGUGAUUCUCUUUUCUUACUGAAUGAAGUGCCUUGUGUGAAUGUUGUUUAUAUGGGGAGAUAUUUUCUACAUGGCAUAUUUCCAGAGUACUUCAGUCUUUUCACACACAAUAUGCUUUAAAGUGGACACAGAAGUAUCUUGAUAUAAACGUUUUACUUCAGUUUUUUUUUUUUUUUUUUGAUUAUCAAGUCCUGGUAAAUAUUCUUUCUUUUCCCCAGUAUGCUUGUGCCAUUAUAUAGAUGUGACUUUGUUUCUUUCUGCUUUCAUUAUAUGUAGAAAUAGUUCAUUUGUUUUAGGCAAAGGAGUACGUUUGCAAUUGUGAACCUCACGCCCCACCUGCAAGUAAAGUAGUUCUUUGCGUUUGAUAGUUUGAUCUGAAAGCUCACAUAAAAUUGUGCCAUUUAUUUUCUGUCUCUCUCAUAUUACCCCCCUUAUCUCAUUUUAUUAUUUGCCAAAUAAGGAAAUUCUUUUUUAACAGGCGUCAUAUCUUUAACAGGGGUUCAGCUAUAACUUAAACCAUUAGUAGUAAGUAUAGCAUUAUAGGUUUUAUUCUUUUGACAAAUAGUUGUCAAAUACAUUUGUAUGUUUUUAAUGUUAUGAGGUCCUUGUUUGUCAUGUCGUGCUUAUCUUAUGGCUAGCUAUUAGCCCACUUUUUUGUCUUUUUUUUGUGGUACACAUAAGUGGUGCAGCUUCACCCUUAGGGGAGGAUUUUUCUCCGGAAUUGUACACAGUUGCAAACACUUUUUUGUUGUUUCAAAUGGUCUGGGAUCUUACAGUAAAGGGGUCGAGUGCCAUGUUUUUAUUUUUUCAUGAGGUUAGUGUCUUUAGGGAAUAUAGGAUAGUGUCGGAUCGAGUCUGGACAGUGUUAAAAUCACACCAUUCUCCCCUGAUUUACAUACGGUGAUGGCCCGGGCUCGUCCAGCUCUGGUGUAAAACCAGUGGAGACGAUGUGUGGUGUUUACCUUCCCAGACUCUUUUUAACUGCUCUUCACCUCAGUGCCUACGUAUGAGAGGAGCCACGCAAACCGAAUGCUGCAACAUUAGCUAACAUGGCAAUAACCUUUUUUGGGGGGGUUUCCAUCCCAAGUGUUUGGUUUGGUGUCUAGAGCACUUGACACGGCUAGCCAGGGGAGGUUUAGUUGAGGCUAGCCUGGUUAUCGCAAUGACUUUUAGUUUUCAUGAUAGAACCUGCAGACAUUCAUUUUUCAUUUGAUCUGAAAAACUGGACAUACACAUAAUUUAGUCGUUGAGUCUAUUUCAGCCAAGCGACCUCAUAUAGUGAACUACAUUGCCAAUAGUUAUCAGCUUUUGUUGUGGAAGAAAGUAAAAAAGGACACCUUCCAAACCUACAGAUGGGUGCUCAGUCCUGGCCCACCCAGACAGCCUCCAAAUGUUAGGGGCCUGCUCUAAAUGGAACACUACUGGGGCACUGCAAAAAGGACUGAAGAACCUCAUCAUGGCAUUGACGCCUUACUGCCUGUGGAGGCACAAAGCAAUGUUUCUUCAUUAAUUCCGAGGUUACAUAUACACAUUUAGCGUCGUCUCAGUAGUAUUUUCUUAUGGAGUGUGAAAAUGGCUCGGCCAUAUAUGUAGACCAUAUAUGGUCAGGUGAAUGAACAUUGUGAAACAAUAAAAUGAAGCAUGAAAAAGCUCUGGUGCCAUCAAGGGAUUGUACGCUCCAACAAACCUCAUUUGCUUUAUUGCUUUGUUUAUGGGUCAUGGUGUUAUAUAAAAGACCUACACUACUUCAUAAUUUCCAACUUUUUUUUUUUUUUAUUCAAGUUGAAAGGCUGCUGCUCCUUCAGGCCUAUUAAAAUAUUUUCUUUCUUUUGCAUAAGCAUUUGUGAUGGUGAGUGUUCAGCUCAUGAUGGUUUCAGUGCAAUGUCCUUUUUUAAGAAGCGUUUGGUCGACUCUUCUCAACCUCUCAAUGAUUACCUUUCUCUGAAAAUGUUUGUAUCAUUGUGAUAUUUUUCUACCUACCUUUUGUCAGUAUUUGGUUUGAAAAGUUGCAUAUUACCCAUUGUAUCCAACUUUUUCCCUCCUCUUCCUUUCAAAUCUGUAAUGUCCCUCUCUCUUGCCUUUGGUAAGAAAUCUAAGUCAGGUCUGGUCUUUCCUAUCAGGGUGUGUGUGUGUGUGUGUGUGUGUGUGUGUGUGUGUGCACAGGCAUUUUGUUUGUGCUUCCUUAGUUUUUCUUUGUAUCACCUCACUCAUAAUCACACAUUCAAUCAUUUUGUAUUGAUUUUAACACCAAAGUUCUACAACACUUGAGUUCAAGUCACUAUGGUUUUUUUUUUUUGUUUGUUUGUUUUUUUUGGUCAGGUUAUUCACUUUUUUUUUUUUUUUUUUUUUUUAAUCACUUGUCGGUUCUUGUUGGCUUACUUUGAGUGUUGGCAGCGUGUUGUCAUCUGAACAUCAGUUUUUUUCUCUUUCUUUCCAUAAUAAAAGGCUUUAUUGAAACAAUUUUGUCAUGUCUAUUUUGUUUUGUUUUUUUAUUCAAAUGGCUGAUAUGGUACAUGAAUUAAGGCCAAAGAUCAUCACUUCAGCUUGGUGCGAUUGAUUGAUUGGUGCGUCUCUCUGUACCUGAUAUGGUCUGUUAACUCCAAAAGUCACGAGAGAGAAUGUCAAUGUGUUCUGUUAGUAUAUUCAUUUAUUUUGCUAUUAAUUUCCUUCCAGACGUCUCAAUAAAGCACAUUUUUAUGGA